AUUAAAUCCCUGUGUUGAAAGCUAAAUUUUAGCAAAAGUAUGUGUCACUAGGAGAGGAGGAGGAAAUGAAAGAACUCAGUGCAGAAAUGACUCAUGUGUGGUUGGUUGAGCAGGAACUAUAGUUUUUGGCUUUUCAACUAUUCACUGAAGAUCAUUUUCUUAAAAAAACAGGUGAGGCAGUGAGUAAAAGGACGCAGCUGACGGAUAUUUGUUUGAGUGCAGCUCCAGAAACAACCUCCCUGAAGCAUUGGACCAGAGUUGCCCGCUAUGACCCCUGGAUUAAGGAUUACCCACCACACACAGAGAAGCACGGGAUUACGCUUUUGUUUUGUUGUGUUCACUGCAGGACUGAAGUCAGACCUUCAGAUAAAUGAUACUAUUACGACACACAGGCGGUGCUUACUACACUUCAGCCUGCUGCAGUCAGAGGGCUUUCCGAAAUUUCCUGAAGAGCACAGAAUACAAAGAUGUUCUGAAGAAUUAGACAACCAGAAGCGUUUAGCAACACUUCCCGGCACUCAACAGAUUCUGUGGUUGUCGUGGACGAUAGGAGAGCUGAGUCUAGAACAUCUGUGGCUGCAAAUUAGUGUCAGAGAGAUGCUUUAUGUACAGCUCCUGCUUUUCUUUAUCCCAUGCAACGUUUACUUACGCUGCUCAUCGACAACAUUAAAACCACCUGCCUAAUACUGUGUAGAUCCACCUCAUGCUACCAAACCAGCUCUGAUCUGUCCACGCAUGGACUCCACAAGACCUCUGAAGGUGUGCUGUGGUUUCAGUCUUCAUGAUGUUUGCAAAUUGUAAGGUGGGGCAUUCAUGGGCCCAUUUUUCAGCACAUCUCACAGAUAGUUGACAUACACAGAUACUUGGAUUCAAAUCUGGAGGACGCCAAGUCAGCUUCAUGAACUGUGAAACUACAUUCCUGAACAAUGUUUGCAGUGUGACACCAUGAAGAACCACAAGGGCAUGGCUUUGAUAUGUGGUCUGCAGGUAGUGGUAUAUGACAAUGGAGCAUCCACAUGAAUGUUAAGUCCUAGGUUUACUCGCAGAACUUAUAGAGGGAAAAGGGGACUGACACUGAUUAAUUGACACCCUUUAAUUGUGAAAAGAGACUAAUGUUUUAACAUGAUUCGGACAAAGACACUGCAGUCACCUAACUUAGUUCUGUUUAGCUGUCAGGUGCACAGAGAACCCUGUUUUUCUCCAGCAGGACACUGCUCAGAGCAUCCCGCUGGGGUUGGCAUAGGCAACUCUAUUCACUACAAGCUGUGAAGAACUCUAUCUUGUGGCACCUCUCUAUCAUUGUCAGUGUGAAGUGGUUCAGCAAUUUUUUCUGCAGUUACCCUCCUCCCUCGUGGGACCAGACCACACAGGGCAGCCUUCACUGUACCCUUUUGCAAGUUGUCCUUCCUUGAACCACUUUAGUCACUGCACAGCAGGAUCAUCAUGGAAUAGCUGCUGUUUUGGAGAUUUACUGGCCAAAUUUUCUAGACACCUCAGACGUCUUUAUAUUUUUUCCUGCUUACAACACACCAGCUUCAAGAACCGACUGUUCACUUGCCUUGUAGCAAAAUAAUCACUGUUGUCCACUUCACCUGUAAUUGCUUUCGAUGCUGUGGCUGAAUUGUGUAUUUUGCUCUGUAUAUGACCAAUAACUGAAUGAGUGCUAUUAUGUAAUGUAUUGAUUUGUCCAGUUUUAUGCUUUCUUUCCGCAUUCCUUAUUUCUUUGCUGUGGAUUUUGUUGUGGUUUAUUGAUUUCAAUUUUAAAUUACUUGCCAAAUGGCGAAACAGUCAAACUCAAAGCCUACUUAGUUGCUUGUUUCUGAGGCAUCAGGUGGAGCACUUUUUUUCAUUUUCAUCUAUAUGUUUUUCAGAAGAUUUAGAUUUUUUCUGUUAUUCUGGAACGUCUUGCACAUGUGGAGAAAAAUGUUGGACUCAGUCCAUUCUUUACCCUUUGGGGAAAAAAACGGUUGACUAAACAGUCUUACUGACAAAGAUUAUGUGGGACUUUUAAACAUUUCAGUACCAGAAGUUCACCUUGAGUCAAGCUUGCUUUGUCAACUGCUGGCAUGUUUUUCUCCUCCUCUCAUAUAUAGCAGGAAUUGUUACUGCAAAAUUCCUUCAGAAUAUAGAAAAUUGUCACUUUUUUUUCUUUCUUACUCUCUCUGUGUUCCUUGUCCAUCUCCAGUGUGCAGUGUGCAGUCUAAGGUUGAAGAUUUCCUUGUUAGGAGGCUGUAUGGGACAAAAACGAACUUCUAGGUCAUUGUUUAGCUCCACAAUAUGUUUUUUUAUGCUGGAAACCCAACACCAGAUUGACUGUGUUAUAAUACUCAUGUCAUCUGAUGCUGUGCUUGCAGUGCUCCCAGAUUUUCAGGUUUCUAGGACCUUGGGUUUGGGAGAAAAUAGCUCACAUAGCCUAAUUGGUGAAACAGCAUUUCAGCUGUGCACUGCCCAAAAAAUGUCAUGAAAGUAAUUGAACAGGAGAAGAAAAAAAUAGUCUCUCAUGCUGCAGAAAUGACUCAGACUGAGAACGCCUGCUGCAGCGCUGAGGUCAGGUGCAUUGAACUGAUGCAGUUCUGAAAUUAAAUGAGAAACUGGUUAAGGUUUUAGAAAAGGAGUAGUUCUGGGCUAAUGAUGAAAAAUGCUCAUAUAGCCAAGAAUUGACUGUUAGAUAAAUGGCCCACCUUGACAUGGUGACUAGAGACAUUCCUCAUCCUCACACACCUUCGUCCUUAGAGCGCAGCAGGCAUCACAUUAUAGGCGGUGGACUCUUCUGUCAUCAGCAUCCUCAGCCAAUGGAGAAACCAGCGGAGGAGCUUUAACAUUCUCUCCGGAGUGGUGCAGACCAGAGCGCAGCGUCCGGCGCCACAGAUCCAACCGUCUGUGCGUAAAAGCUGCACACCUUAAAGUGAGUUUUCUUCUUCUCAUAAUGGACUCUUCUGUUUUGUUGCUGUCGUCCUGAGGACUGUGGGAUGUUUUAAGCUGCAGCGUGGGUAUCCAGCAGAGAAAUGCUGCUUUACGGACCCGAUGGCAUCUGCGUCUUAAGAGGAUUUUAAAGCAGAAAGUCAUGAUGUGAAUGUGAGGCAGCAUCCUACCCAAUGAUUGACACCAGUACACCGACCAUGCUGGACAGAACUGAACCGGCGCACUGCACUGUCUGCUGUUGUACUCUGGUCAACAAAAUCCUCAUGGUAGUCUUCAUGGUGCUUCUGAUCUUCGCCAUCUUGUUUGGGAACUUGGUGACGCUGGCUGUGGUGCUGGGGACCAAACAUUUCCACACACCACAGGGCUACCUGAAGGCUUCCCUUGCUGUGGCUGAUCUGGCGGUGGGAAUGUUUGUGGUGCCGCUGUCCGUCUACGCCGAGGUCUAUCUCAUGGUGACAGACUCAGCACCGGAGUGGACUUUCUACAACUCACAAUCAGUGAGUUUCCACCCAUGUAACGUCAUCGGCCCCAUCUUCGGUGGGUGCACCUUUGUCUCAAUCACAACGAUUUUCCUGCUGACGAUUGAGCGGAGCAUCGCAGUGCUGAAGCCGCUGCACAAGGACUCUGUGAUUACUCGCAAAAGGACCACCAUCCUCAUUGUCCUCUCCUGGGUGGGGAGUUUCUUCUUGGCUGUGUCUCCGAUGAUUUUCAGCAGUGAGAUCGCUCUGGAGUAUAACUCCUGCAGCCGAAUGUGUAACUACGUUCUGGGGACCAUCGGCGAGUUCCCCAGUCAGGCCUGGAACAUCCUUCUCCUCUUUCCUGCGUUUGAUUUCACCCUCCUUGGUGGCACUGUGGUCAUUAACAUCAUCUCUCUUUCCAGUAUCAGACAGCAUUCAAGACGUAGGAAACACCUGGCUGAGACCGAAUGCCAAAGCAUCUCCAAACCUACAUUCUCAGACAUUAAAGCUGCCAAGACCAUUGGUACUCUAACGGUGGCCUUCACUGCAUCAUUCACCCCCAUUGCCGUCUUUGUUGUUGGUAACGUUUUGGGGAAUAAGUGGUGCAAUUUCUCCUUCUUUGCCUUCUGGAUUUUGGCCUCCAACAGUUGCUGGAAUGUCAUCAUUUACAGCGUGAGGGAUCAGAAGUUCAGACUUUGUGCGCACAAACUCCUUCUGCCUCCUACAAAAAGACACCACCACGACAUAAAAACAACAGUGACGAAAAUCUAGCAGCUAAGUUGAGCAGGACUGCAUCAUUUAGAUGUUUGUGUGUCGCACAAACUCUUUGUUCAAUGCAUUGUGAGUCUCAUUAAGAGACGUGUCUGCAUGUCUUGUAGAUUGCUGUUGUGAAAUUGCUUCGUUUUUUUACAUCGAUAAAAAGCAUGGAGUGUUCUUGGGUCGCAAAUGUUAAACUGAAAUGUCCCUCUUUGCGGGAAUUUGUCUUGUUCUGUGUUAUGUUAAGCAAUUGAGGCCUGUUUCAGUCUGUGGAUUGACGGCUUAUCUGAGUGUAAUUAAUUAAAAAAACUAAUAAAAGCAAAAUCUAUUUUCUGUU